CAACCUUCAUUUACUUCUUCUUUCGAAUUGAACUGUUGACUAAGCAAUUUUCAAAAUAUGUCUGAAGAAACCAGUCCGUUGAUUGAAAGAGCUGAAGGCUCUCAAACCGAACAAACACGUCCAGGCUAUGUUCCAAAAGACCAAAUCGAAUUUGAGUUUGGUGGUCCAGCUGGUGCAUUGGGUAUGAUGAUUGGAUUCCCACUCCUCAUGUAUUACAUGUGGAUUAGUGCUCAGUUUUAUGAUGGGAAGCCCGCAUGGCCAUCCGAUGGGCAAUCGUGGUCAGAGUUCAUUUUGGAUGACUUGUUGCAAUUUUUCAUUGAUUACGGUAUUCCAUCUUUCAAGACUAUUUUCAUUUUCACUUUAUUUAUGACUGUUCAAGGUAUUUUCUACUUGACUUUACCGGGGGUUUGGACUAAAGGUCAACCGUUAUCCCACUUGAAUAAUAAACAAUUACCUUACUUUUGUAAUGCUCAAUGGUCUUUCUAUACUACCUUGACUAUUAUUUUGGGUUUACAUUUCUCUAAUUUAUUCAAAUUACCUUAUAUUAUUGAACAUUUUGGUGAGUUUAUGACCAUUGCUAUCAUCUACGGUAUGACUGGCUCGGUUGCAUUAUAUCUUGUGUGUCUCUACGUCACUGGUGAUUAUCACCGUAUGACUGGUAACCAUAUUUAUGAUAUGUUUAUGGGAGCACCUUUAAACCCAAGACUUGGUAAGUACUUGGAUUUAAAGAUGUUUUUCGAAGUUAGAAUUCCUUGGUUCUUCUUAUUCUUUUUAUCUUUGGCUUGUGCUUUACAGCAAUUAGAAGAUUAUGGAUAUGUUACCCCACAAGUUGCGUUUGUUUUAUAUGCUCAUUGGUUAUAUGCUAACGCUUGUGCUAAAGGUGAAGAACUUAUUGUUCCAACCUGGGAUAUGGCUUAUGAAAAAUUCGGUUUCAUGUUACUUUUCUGGAAUAUCGCUGGUGUUCCUUUCACCUAUUGCCAUUGUACUUUGUUCUUAUACUACCAUGAACCUUCGGAAUAUCAAUGGAGUAUUGCUUAUAAUGUUGCCUUAUUCGCUACUUUGACUAUUGCUUACUACUUUUUCGAUACUGGUAAUCGUCAAAAAAACAGUUUCAGAAGAAUCAUGUCAGGUAAUAAAAAUCUUCGUAAGACUUUCCCAUACUUACCAUUUUCUGAUUUGGAAAACCCUAAAUUUAUUAAAUGUGCAAACGGUUCUCUUCUUUUAACUGAUGGUUGGUACGUUUAUGCUCGUAAAGCUCAUUAUACUGCCGAUUGGAUUCAAUCCUUAACUUGGGCUUUAAUGUGUGGCUUUGCUUCUCCUUUCCCAUGGUUUUUCCCAGUUUUCUUUUUCAUUGUUUUAGUCCAUAGAGCUUACAGAGAUCAAAGAAAAUGUGCUAAGAAGUACGGCGCCGAUUGGGAUAAAUAUUUGGAAGCUUGUCCAUAUAUGUUUAUUCCUUAUGUUUGGUAAACAUAUAAUCAGAGAAUAUAAUUCCCUGUUUUCCUUUUUUUUACUAUGUAAAAGUCUGAAUAACUUAAUUCGUU